AUGGCGCUUUUACAAUACCGGAAUAUUGUAGACUAUGAGGCGCAACAAGCCGCUUUCGAGGAGUUCCUCGAGCACUUCAAGACGUCGCCCGAGCAGAAUCUGACACAUGCGAUCGGUCAGAUCAACAUUGACGAGGACGACCUGAGCGACGAGGAUGAUUUCAUGGACGACGAGGAGACGCUCGACCGACGCCGGAAAGAGAAGGCGGCUUCGAAGUUGCCAAAACAUAAAUACGCCGAUGCGAUACAGAAGCUUGCAGACAGAUCACUUGACGAGGUCCUGAUAGAGCUGGACGAUGUCGCUUCCUGGGAAGAAGAUACGAACGAGGGGCUGAAGCUUGUCGACUCAAUUGAGACCAACACCAAGCACUAUGUGGAGGUAGUGUCGAGGGCAAUCGACAAGAAGAUGCCCGCUCCGACGACGGGUGUCACAUUCAAGGACGAUGUGCUGGAUGUUAUUAUGGAAAGGAGGCAGGCCCGGAAUCGUGACCUGGCUGAAACGGCGGCGAACACCAACAACCCCGACCUUCUCGAGUCGACGUUUCCAGCUCAGCUUACCCGACGGUACACGCUGGUCUUCAAGCCAAGGUCGUCGACCGCGGACAGACCCGUCAAGGCACUUGCCGUGAGACAAGUACGAGGAGAGAACCUCGGCCACCUCAUCACAAUUCGUGGUAUUGCGACUAGAGUGUCCGACGUAAAGCCGAUUGUACAAGUGGGCGCAUAUACUUGUGAUCGUUGUGGAUGCGAGAUCUUCCAGCCCGUCGCUGACAGAUCUUAUUCACCCCUCACCAACUGUCCGUCGGAAGAGUGCAAGCAGAACCAAUCGAAGGGUCAGCUGUUCCAGUCCUCUCGAGCAUCUAAGUUCCUGCCCUUCCAGGAGGUCAAGGUUCAGGAGAUGGCGGAGCAAGUACCUAUUGGUCAGAUCCCUCGCACACUCACCGUCAUGUGCUAUGGGAGUGCAGUGCGGCAAAUCAACCCAGGUGAUGUAGUGGAUGUCUCUGGAAUAUUCCUUCCGACACCUUACACCGGCUUCAAGGCGAUGCGCGCUGGACUAUUGACAGACACAUACAUCGAGGCCCAUCAUAUAGUCCAGCACAAGAAGGCAUACGAAGAGAUGGUCAUCGAUGAGAAACUGCUGCGACGCAUUGGCACUUUCAGCCAGUCCGGUGCAGUGUACGAGAUGUUAGCCAAGUCGAUCGCCCCUGAGAUUUUCGGUCACCUCGAUGUGAAGAAGGCCUUACUAUUGCUUCUUGUGGGAGGUGUUACGAAGACGAUGGGUGAUGGUAUGCGCAUCCGUGGAGACAUCAACAUGUGCUUGAUGGGUGAUCCUGGUGUGGCCAAGUCCCAGUUGUUGAAGUACAUCUCAAAGGUGGCCCCGCGUGGAGUGUAUACGUCUGGUCGUGGCUCCAGUGGCGUCGGUCUGACCGCCGCCGUCAUGCGCGAUCCAGUAACCGACGAGAUGGUAUUGGAAGGUGGUGCUUUGGUUUUGGCCGACAACGGCAUUUGUUGUAUCGAUGAGUUCGACAAGAUGGACGAGAACGACCGGACAGCCAUCCACGAAGUCAUGGAGCAGCAGACAAUCUCCAUUUCCAAGGCUGGAAUCUCAACAACCUUGAACGCCAGGACAUCGAUCCUCGCCGCAGCCAACCCCAUUUACGGCCGCUACAACCCCCGCAUCUCCCCCGUCGAGAACAUUAACCUGCCAGCAGCGCUGCUUUCACGUUUUGAUGUACUGUUCUUACUACUUGACACGCCAACCCGCGAUGGCGACGCGCAGCUGGCCAAGCACGUAGCAUACGUCCACAUGCAUGGCAAGCAUCCCGACCUCUACGCCAACAACACCAGCGUCGACGCAGACGGCAAUGCUUCGGCCUCGCCCAACGUGGUCUUUACACCCCACGAGGUGCGUGCCUACGUUGCCCAGGCGCGAACCUACCGGCCGACAGUCCCGGCCUCGGUGACCGAAUACCUAACGAAGACAUACGUGCGGCUACGAGAGGCGCAGCGCCGUGCCGAGAAAAAGAACAAGCAGUUCAGUCAUACAACACCCCGUACCCUACUCGGUGUGGUCCGUCUCGCCCAGGCGCUGGCUCGAUUACGGUUCGCCACCGAGGUCAGCCAGGAUGACGUAGACGAGGCGCUGCGGCUCAUCGAGGCCUCCAAGGAGAGUCUGGCCGCACACGAGGGCGCCGGCGGUCGCCGUGCCCUCAAUGCCGCAUCCCGCAUUUACAACCUCGUCAAGGCGCUCGCAGACGGCGGCGCGUGUCGCGCGGGAGACGACGAGGAUGACGAGGAGGGCACGGUUGAGUUGAGCAUGCGCAAGGUGCGCGAGCGCGUGCUGGCGAAGGGGUUCACGGAGGACCAGUGGCUGGGUGCUUUGGACGAGUACACGAACCUGGAUGUCUGGCAAACGGCCGGCAAUGGCAGCAGGCUGGUAUUCAUCACCGCAAACGACAACGCGGGUGACGAUGAUAUGGAGUAA